AUGGAUUAGCUUUACAGGGGAGCAGAGUCCAUUGGCUCAUACACUAUGGAAAACGUUUUCCAGCUGCUGAGAUCCCCCUACAAAAAAUACUGCAGUUUGGCCCCGCCCGGAAAGCCAGAAAUUUCAUGGGAGUGCAAGGCUUCAGGAGACAGGAAAUGGAGCCAUUCUUGCCUGUCAGUCAGCCCGAUGGUGGAAGAAGGAGAAUGUGGACACAGUCCCCAGAAGAGUCCCACAAGGCAGGUGCCCCUGGACUCCGUACAAGGGUUGACAAAAGGUCUAAAGGAGAAAGAGCUCAUCCCACAGAGACUGCAGAUCCUUCUGGUGGGGAAAACAGGAAGUGGGAAAAGUGCAACAGGAAAUAGCAUCCUUGGCAGGCAAGUAUUUGAGUCCAAAAUCAGCUCUAGACCAGUGACCAGGACCUUUCAGAAGGGGAAUAGAGAGUGGGAUGGAAAGGAACUUGAGGUGAUCGACACCCCAGACAUUUUGUCACCUCAGGACAAGCCUGAGGUAACAGCUGAAAAGAUUUGUGGAGUCUUUUCUUCUCCAGGGCCCCACGUAGUGCUGCUGGUGAUUCAGGUGGGCCGGUACACUGCAGAGGACCAGCUAGCUGCCAGGCACCUCCAGGAGAUCUUUGGAAAAGGGAUCCUGGCUUACACCAUUCUGGUGUUCACUCGGAAGGAAGACCUGGACGAGGGCUCCUUGGAAGACUAUAUCCAAAAGAACAGUAACAAGAGCCUGGAUGAUCUGGAUGUUGCAUGUGCGAGGAGACACUGUGGCUUCAACAACAGGGCACAGGGGGAUGAGCAGGAGGCCCAGCUGAAGGACCUUAUGGAGAAAAUAGAAAUGAUCUUGUGGGAAAACGAGGGCCACUGUUACACCGCAGAACUUCCAAAUGUUCCCAGCAAAGCAGUUUAACCACAGAGCACGGUUUGAGGUCCUGGCUGGAAAGGCUGCCCCAGAUCCAGACGCCCUCUGAGAAGACCUGUAGGUACCUGAUAGGGAGAGCAUCCAUAUGAGCACAGACUGGC